AUGGUUCUACGAAAACUUUCAAAACAUGAACACGAAUCACGCAUUAUUGUUGAUAGAAAUAAAUCGAUAAGACAACUUGUAGUAUCAAAUGAUGAUUAUGAAGCAGCAGUUCAAGCUCAUACACUCUCUCCCAAAUCAAAAUGG